AUGUACGAAGGGAGAAGGGUAAAUGUCGAUCCAUUUGGAGUACCAGCCGCCAUUGCAACUGCUGUCGUAACCGACUUUGCAAUGGCGAUGGAUGUUGUUGUGGGCAAUCUUAGGUUGUGGUGGUUGAUUGUCCUCUUCGAUCUUGAUAACCCACCUGUUUGCUCCAUGUGUGAUGAAACUCCUGGAGGUUUUGAUGCACCUCGAAGUCGUUUCUUAUCAGUCGGUAAAAUGCGUUCUGGCCUGGGUGAAUAUCUGUUAUUAAGGGCCACGAAUUACGCCUCCAUCACGCCUUCUCUCUCAUUGGGAGCAAAUCCGCUGGAGUUAGUGCUUGACCUCACCAGUGCAUCCUGGAACUGUCUUUGCCUCUGUGAAGUUGCUCUCGGUGAAGUGCACGACUGUUUCGCUGCCACAACAGCCGCAAAGGCAACUCUGUCCUCUUUUUGUGCUGAUGCUUUUAUCGAGAGGCUUGUAAGUGUAGGCACUGUUUCACUUAACGUGGCGUCGAACUAUAAGGGGCCGGAGACCGGUGUUGUCCACCCCAUUUACCAGCUAGUGGACUUUGCGGGGAUAGGCAGCAAUCUUCUGUGCAAUGAGUAA